AUGUCUGGUGCAGAAGGCAACGGGAAACCACUGUACUAUGUUCCCAAGAGAGAAAUGGUAGAUCGAGACUCAAUGGCACCACAUGGAAAUAAUGCACCUGGUGCAGAUAGCUCUGAUAAGAUCCGAGCCAGACACCCACAACGCAUUGGAAUAUGGAAUGUCCGGGGUCUUAAUCAAGAUGGAAAGCUACAAAUCAUAGAAAGAGAAAUGAAGAGGAAGGGAAUACAUCUGCUUGGCUUAAGCGAGACUAAAUGGAAAAAAUCUGGCCAUUUCGUAUCCGAUCUGGGAAACAAAAUAUACUUCUCGGGGCCUGAAGAGGAAAGUUCUAGAGGGGUUGCUUUUAUUGUACCUCAGAAAUUAGACAGGUGUGUAAUGGGAUAUAAAGCAGUUAACGACCGGGUAAUCACUCUCAAGCUAAAGGCAUCCCCAUGCCAUAUUAACAUUGUACAGAUAUACGCUCCAACUGCACAGUCUUCUGAAGAAGACAUCGAACAAUUUUACAUCUCACUGGUUCAGACUUUGGAGAAUAUUCCCCAGAGAGAGGUGACACUGGUUAUAGGAGAUUUAAAUGCCAAGGUCGGUAGAACGAGUGAUGAUGCCCAUCUCAGACAUCUUGUUGGAAGGUUUGGAAUAGGCGAAAGAAACGAAAGAGGAGAGCGUUUGUUACAAUUUUGCAAUGAACAGAACCUUGUUAUCACAAACACAUGUUUCGAGCACCACAUUCGCCGACUGUACACGUGGAUUUCUCCGGGUAACAGAUAUAGAAAUCAAAUAGACUACAUCUUGAUACAAAAACGAUGGCGGUCGUCAAUAGUCAACACAACCACUUUUGUCAACAAAACCAACUCGAGUAUCGGAUCUUCGAAGAGUGAAUACGAUUGGGUUCAAACAAGCCGUAACUAA